AUGGAAUAUUUGGGUGGUGGUUCAGCACUGGAUCUGACGAAGAGUGGCAAACUAGAAGAGGCUCACAUCGCUGUGAUCCUACGAGAAAUACUUAAAGGCUUGGAAUAUCUGCAUUCAGAACGAAAGAUUCAUCGCGAUAUAAAAGCAGCGAAUGUGCUUCUCAGUGAACAUGACGCAGCAAUUAAAAUAGCCGAUUUUGGCGUAUCCGCGCAGACAACAACAACGAACAAUAAAGCGGAGACAUUUGUUGGGACACCGUUCUGGAUGGCGCCUGAAGUGAUUGAGAGAGACCACUACGACGAAAAGGUCACUCAUUCUUCCUCUUCUUCGCAUGCAGCGCUGAGUGUGUUAGGCCGGUCAGUGAUGCGAUUCAUUCUCCACCAGUACCUCAAAAUAGCAAAUUUUGCUUGUUUGCUUAGUGAAUGA